AUGGCCAACCAAUCCAUAGUUGCCCUUCCAACAAGCAUUCUCCAACACAUUGCUUCUUGUCUUCCUCCUACAUCAGCCUUAAAUCUUCUCCUAGCUUGCAAGAAGACCUGCAAUUCUUGCGAUUACUGGACAGUGUGGCGAACUAUUAUCGAGAACAGUUCGAGCUUCCCUUCCGGGAUCAACAGUGCUGGAGAGACAAAUCGUCACAUGUGGAAAAGAUAUGCCAUGGCAGAUAUAAAAGCAGGACAAGUUGAUGGCCGAAGUCACUUUACGAGUUGGAUGCCUCAGCUAAUGGCACUCCACCAUCGAGUUGUCUCAGCUGCCGACCCACACACCCUCUAUCCAUUUUCCAGUCCAACAAAUUAUAAUCCCGAGCAAGCAGAUUUUGACUGCAGGAUGCCACUACCAGGGGAAUUUCCCCUAUCCGUGUAUCCCACAAACCCCGAAUCUCCAGCACCCAUCGAGGCUUGGCGAAUCGCACAGGCUAGCAGUUUCUGUCUAUCGACUCGUCUCUUAUCCUAUCACCAGGCCCCCAAUGUAUCACCCAAAACGGGUAACAGUCCUUGGGCACCAUCUAAAUCUCUUCUGGCAAAGUCAGAGUGGUUAAAUCUCGACCCUGGGGACUCAGCACUCACUCCAGCAGCCCAUGAAAAGCUUGUGGUGGUGUUGCAUACCCUUGCAAAUAAGGCCGUGGGCUUCUUUGCAACAGAGCUCCGAUCGUCACUUGCUUAUGACCGAACUAAUGGGGUCGACCUCGAGGGACUUUGGCACCCUCCAACUGCUUUUGAUAUCCUAUUCGCUUCUCUCAUGGCAUUGCCCAUGCCUCUAACUCCAAAUAGCGCUGGAGCUUUUGGAACUUGUCACCUCCAGAAUAUGACCGACCCGUCUUUUUUUGAGGAUGGCGAAUGGACUGGCUACCGUAGCUGGGUUGGGUCAUGGGGCGCUGAUGCCAACCAAUUAGAGGGAGCUUCGAUCCCCGCAGAUAGUUUUGAGGGUAUUGGUGGCGAUAAUAUGAACGUCCGACUUAAUCGUCUAGAUCAGCUGCCCAAUGGUUUUGAUUGUCUCGUUGAACGGGUUGCCCGCUUCAAGCUGGUCAAAUGGAUUGACGAUAACGUCUUUAUCAUCAAGUCUAAUUGCUUCCAGUCACCGCUAGAGACUUACAUAUUUACAAUGAAGGUAGAUAGAAGGACAGGGCUGAUUGAUGUGAUCGAAUGGGUCGACUUUAUGGGUGUCCCCAAGGGCGGAGCCACUAAUGUUGUUAUGACCCCAUUUGGGAUAGUGUUCGGUUUUAUUUCAGGCAUGUGGAUGUGGCUAUGGAAGUGCAAUUGGUCGUCAUACCUUGAAGAUUAUUCCUGA